ACAACAUAUAUUUUUUAGAAUAGAUAUAUGUUUAGCAUUGAUUGUAUAUUUACACGAUUUCAAAUCUGAAAUGUAUUAAUAAAUUGUUUCAAUUGAUCUUUGCAAGCAAUGUAAACGUUGAAUAUUUAACACUAUAGUUUUCUUCACAGCAGUGAUAUUUGAUCUCCUUGGUCAUCACAAUUACUGAUCUAAAAAUAAAAGUAUUGUUUACCUAGACAAAAUACAUUUUUUUUCCUUUAACAAUUGAAAAUAGGUUUGGAAUAAGUAUGACUACGAUUUGGACAGUUAUUGGUGAUAUACUAUCGGUAUUGACAAUUGGAACAUGUCUCGUCUCAAAGUUCCCUCAAAUUCUAACAAUUUAUCAGCAAAAAAGUGCUCAAGGUUUAUCAUUGAAAUCGUUGACGAUUGAAGUCAUAAGUUAUUCUAUUUCAACGCUUUACAACUUUACAAAUCGAUACAGAUGGAUCAAUUAUUUCGAAUAUAUUGUUUUGAUCAUUCAGGAUUAUAUUCUUGUUGCUGUUGUUUUAUUUUAUCGACGACAAAUUAAUCAGAAAACUAUCAUGAUAUUCACCAGUUAUGUUGUUAUUGUAUCACUUUUUGGGUUUUCAAUUCUACCCAAAAGUAUUUUAACAUUUUUAAUUCCUGGAACACUCCCAAUGUCAGUUAUCUCAAAAUCAAUGCAACUUGUUGAAAUUAUAAGGACAAAAGAUUCAAGAGCAAUUAGCUCAAUAACAUGGUUUAUCUCAGCUUUUAGCAACUUGACUCGAAUCUAUACAAUUAUGUUGGAUAGUAUGGACUACAUGCUUCUCACAAACUUUGUUGUCUCAACUUUGUUAUCAUCAGCUGUUUUUGUGUCAGUUUUAUAUUACAAAAACCCUCAAAAAGUCAAAGAUAAUUAAGUUAAUAUACAAUUCACUUGUAUAUCUAAACUUUUAUGUUCUUAAUCUUUUUCAUUGCUUUUUUGUUCAGAUGAGCUCAUGUUUUUAAUUUAUUUCUUAUUUUUGAAAAAAAAUAUUCGCAAUAUACCAAAUUCAAUAUGCCAUUAUAUACCUAUUUAUUGAGAUUACUAAUAUUUUAAGCAUUAAACAACAAUUUGUAAAACUGUAUCGAUUAAAUUGAAAGUUUAACUUUUUUUAAUAAUAUCGAUUCAUGUUUUGUGGGUCAAUUAUAGACACAAGAUAAAAGAGAAUGAAUAAAGCUAAAUUUAAAUUAUCUAACUUUCA